UAAUGUCCACCUAGAUCAUAGCAGGUCUGUUCACCAAGCCGAAUUAAAUUUCUUUCCUCGUAGCUGUGAAAAGACUGUCAGAGGAUGCAAAAUGGGAUUUAUGAAGACACUCGUCUCUUCCACACUAGAUACUUCUGUGCAUGAGUUGAGGAUGUACAAAAUAGGACUUGUGCUACUUGUGGUGUGUAUGGGUUGCUGGGCGGAGCGGCAGUACUACCUACAAGGCAAUGCGUCCAACUGGGACGAUGCCAGAGAGUACUGUCAGCUGUGCUUCAAGGAUCUGGCGAGCCUGACCGCCGAGAACAUGGCACUAAUCGCCAGCUGCCUCAAUGGAUCCUAUUGGGUCGGUCUGCGCAAGAACCUGAGUGUCUGGUCCGUGUGGUCCAAUGGUGACCCUGUGACAUUUCAAAACUGGUACCCGGGCUGGCCCGCACCCCCCAAGACCAAGCAGGUUGUGAUCAAUCAGACCCAGUUUCCGCCGGAGAUACCCAACAAUUCCUGUUACAUAGAAAUCGAGGAUGUGUGCAGAAACUUUACCAACUACACGAAGUUUUAUGUUUAUAAAGAAGAGUCCGAGGCACCUCCUCCAGUCAUCCAGGAGGUGCCCAUCAUUGAAGACACCUGUGUAUCGGUGAUGAGCUUUGGGAUGUGGCAGGACCAAAAUUGCUCUGAACUGAAACCCUACAUCUGUUAUGAAGACCGCUUCUAUGGGCAGGCGACAAUCUCUAACGUGACCCUGAACAGCUCACAUCUCAGCUGGAUGGCCGGACCAGGAAACAUUACCAACUACAGGGUGCAAAUCAAUGGGACUUUCCAAAAUUCAUCAUAUGACUCAUAUCACACAACCUCCCUGGAUAUGCCUCUUACCAACCUCACCCCAGGCAUGCUGUACAAUGUGCAGGUCUUCCCCUUGAAAUGUAGUAGGGACCUGAAUCCGGAAAACAUUUCCUUCUACACCAAACCUGAUCAGGUUCUUAAACUAGCUGUUGAAGAAGUCCAAACGAGCUCUGUCCUUCUCUUCUGGAACAGGCCAGUAGGUGGCCAUAGCUCCUACACUGUGAGAGUGGUCAACAACUCUAUCGUCAAUAGCACAACUAACGAAAGCUGUUGGAUCACUGGCCUCCUACCCGGUGGCUUUUAUGAAUUUGCAGUUUAUUCUGAAGUGCUGGAUAAGUCCAUUGAGGGGGACCCAGAGAACAUUUCUACCUACACUAGACCCAGCAAUGUGAAAAACCUACAUGUGACUUCUAAUAAUGAAACAUCGAUCGGGCUGAUGUGGGACAGGCCAGAUGGGAAUAGCUCAGGCUUUUUGGUCGAAGUUGCUCAGCUGAGCUCAAACCAGAGCAACUCAUUGAACAUCAGUGGCACCACUGUGACGUUGAAUAAUCUCAUCUCGGGCACACAGUAUCAAUUGAGUGUAUUUUCCUUAGUGCCGGAUCCUUCACUGAAAGGGGAAAAUGCCACAAUCACGACAUUUACCAAUCCAAGCCCCAUUUCCUCAUUGACCUUGAACAGCAACGAAAGUGCCAUCACAGCCAGCUGGACGCAUAAUGUUGGAAACGUUGAAUCUUACAAGCUGAAUAUCAGCAUCAGCAACACAACCAUAAGCUCUGGUGAACUUAAUACCACCCAGACCCAAGGCACUUUUUAUAACCUCAUAUCAGCUGCACAAUAUAAUGUGACAGUAUACGCCGAGGUGGGCAACGGGAUGUUCCUCAGUGGGCCAGUGUCCGGAGUACAAUACACAUUGCCUGUCCGACCUGGUCCACCCAAUGUUACCUUCGUAAAUGGGAGCUUUGUCACGCUGACAUGGCCAAUCCCUUCUCAGUUGAACCCGGAAGGAACGACAUUUCUGGUGACAUACAAUAGCACAUUCUGGAAGGAUUGGGGGAGCAAAACUGUUGGAAGCAACACAACAAGUUUCGAUCGCCUUCGUUCAGGAACUCAAUAUAAAUUUUACGUUCAGACAGUGGCAGGAAAAAUUCGCAGUGACCCUGUUACAGUCAAUGUUACCACAGUGCCUAUCUUGAAAGUUCUUACCAUCAUGUUGCAAUGUUCAUCGAAUGAGACCCUCUUCUGUGAAACUGACACUGCCAAGAAUGCUACCUUUAAAAAGUUGUGGGCCGCACUGAACGACAAUCUUCAAACCCAAGUGCAGUGGACACUCAAUUGGAACAAUAAAACAGCACUACGGCCGUGAACUGAACCUGUCCGUCAUCACACUGCACCUGGAGCAGAACAUGUGAAUACAAAGCAUCUGAGAUUUUGUCUUCAGAAAUGUCUGUACAUCAUGACACAUAGUUAUGAUGCACGUUAGUUUAUAAACCCGGUUGUAGAUAUUCCACUCCAGAGAUUUCUUGAUGAUGAUUUAAAGGAGUGUUUCUUCCUUUGAUUAGCUUUGUUCUUUGUUCUGUUAGACUGGUACUUCUUCGAUUUUGUGUUAGUAUAAUUUGUCACACUGCAUGUAUUUGCAUUGAUUGUAAAAAUACGUCUGCGUUUUGCAUGCUUGCUAAUAAAGAUUAGCAGAUUAGCUGCUAUAGAAACAUACGAGUGAUUUCGCUGUGUCCACUCGUCCGUCGGAAUCCUGUUAUAUUUUCAUUCACUUGCUUUUCAAUAGGGGUCAUUAUCAUACACUAACCGUAGUACCGUCACUUCAGCACGAUACAACAGGUGAACUUUGAAAUGUAACCCAAUUCGUUACAGUAAUUCGACGCGAUGUGAUCUAUUUCAGAAGAGAGUGGAAAAAAACUCUUUGUUACAAUGAACAGUAGGUACGGUCCAUUCAGGACCGAUGCACUGACGAUGCCUGCCAAAGCCCCGCAUCAAAGCCAGUAUCGGUUCAAUGAGAAUCACGUGACUGAUAUAGCUGAG